ACUCACCAAUCCCCUUCCACAGAUGGCUGGUACAUGCCUGCGGGGGCUGGGAUGUGUGGGGGAGGCGUGGCAUAUGGCCAGGCCCCGCCCCUCGCCCCGCCCUCCGUGCCGCUGUCCUCCCGCCUCGCCUCCGUCAACAUGAGAAACCACAGGGUCGUUCCCUACACCUCCCCAACCCCCAGGGCCACCAGGACUCCCCCAGUGAGCUGUGUGGCGCAGCAGCAGGGCGGGAGCUACGGGCUGGCUGGCUUGGCUGCAGAGUGGCGGCAGCAGCAAUGGACUCAUCACCAGACCCCCGCCACUGUGACCACCGCCUCUCCUUACCAAUGGUCGGGGCUGCAGGGCGGCUACACACACACUGGGGCGGGCCUCUACCAACAGUACCAGCAGAGACAAACGCAGGAAACAGUCACUCCCAUGGCUACAUACGGCGACUCAUCCUCCUCAUCUUCAUCCUCCUCUCAGACAUUCACUACAAGUCGCUCCUCGCCUCCAUUCGACGCCGUGCCUGCUCUGAAUGCAAACUCCACUUUGUUCUGCGGGGAUCGAGUGCAGGAGGAGACCACAGACCAGCAGAGUGUAAGUGGUGGCUCCCCUCACUCCGGUGGCUCCCCUCAGUGCAGCUCUGCCCAAGGGGAACUGUUUCUUAUCCCCCCGGAGCUAAACUACACAGGACUAGCGGCUCACGACACACCGAGGAUCAAAGAUGAGAGUUUUGCGGAUCAUUUAGGUCACUACUCGUCGCCUACGCACGCUUGGAGUCCCCUGUCACCUCCUGCUUGUAUGUAGCGUCCCCUGUCCAUCUCCUACCCCUCCCCUGUCCCUCCUUUCCCUACCUUCCCAGCCUGCAUAUAGCAUUCCCUUACUUUCUCACUCUCUGGCAUCCCCUCACUCACGUUUUCCCUAUCUUGUUUUGUUUUUCUUUGUCUCCCUUCCAAAGUUCGUGAAAGAAAACGGAGGAGAUGCUGUCCGUGUGUAUGUGUGUGUGUGUGUGUGUGUGUGUGUGUUUGUAUAUACUGUACAGGCCCUUGUUUGGUCGUUAUUAUUUAUCGAGUAGUUCUUAUUUUUUUUCUUUGCUUUGUUUUAUUUCAUUUUAUUUGUGUUUCUUUUUUUCAGUAUUUACGUAGCUCAAUAUUUUAUCUUUUUUUUACGAUUUUGAUGUUUUCUUACGAGAUUCUCAGUGUGUGUGUGUGUGUGUGUGUGUGUGUGUGUGUGUGUGUGUGUGUGCGUGUUUGGUUAUCGAUAAUAUGAGGUUGUACAUAAAUAAAUAAAUAGAUGAAUAAGUAAAUGAAUAAGUCUCAAGGCUUAGGGGAGAGAAGAAAAAGAGGAAUGAGAAAUAACAAACACUUAAAGCAAACAAGAAAAAUACACAGAAGUAAAGAAGAGGAAGACAUACAUGACAAUGAAAAAAAAAUUCAUUGUAGUAAAAAGAUUCCCUUUAUUUUUAGUUAUAUAGAAGACUUCUUUGUAAAAAAUUAUCUCUGUCUUCUCCAUUCUCUCUCUCUCUCUCUCUCUCUCUCUCUCUCUCUCUCUCUCUCUCUCUUUCUAAUGACACUAAGAGUAUUUAUGUAAAACGCGUCCAGAGAGAGAGAGAGAGAGAGAGAGAGAGAGAGAGAGAGAGAGAGAGAGAUUGUAAGAUAAGGUUUAAGUGAGUAAGCCCCAAGGUUCCUUCGCCUUUAGAAUAAAAAUAGAUAAUCUU